AUGGCUGUCAAAAUAAAUGCAACCGCGCGUCCACGCCCUAUUACCCCUUGGUUAGCGACGUGGUUUGUGCGUUUUGCCACCGUAUGGCCGCUCUCCUCGAAUAUAGAAGACAUCGGCGUCGACCCCGGACUGGCCCCGUCCCGGGAACUGAGGGCUCCCUGCUAUAUUUCUGUGCUGGAGAUGCGUGAACCAGCGUACAUCAACACGGAAUCUAGUUUAGCAAAGUAUACCGCUGAGCUUGACGAAGAGUUGCUGAGAAUCGUCUCUACUUACGGUGAGCUUGCGCAGAAGAACCACACACGCGCUACUUCAGCUGGAUUGCCAGCGCCCGGACCGCCUGAGGCGGCAAAGGAUGUACCAGAGGGUGACGAUUGA